GUGUAAUCUACUGUUUCUUUCUGUCAAGCGCGGAGGAAUGAAUCGGACUUGGCAGUAAAAGGGGGGCACAGCUGACGCAUACGGGGUAUCUCGGUUGCUCACCGCUAAAACAAUCAAAGCACGCUGGUAUGGCCGAGAAGUCGUUGGAACCCGGAGCGGUCAGCAUCCCCAUGGAGGAGACCAUUCGCAACGGGGGUGCACCGGAGCCGCCCCUGCUGACGCACCUGAAGAAGGUGGAGAAUCACAUCACGGAGGCCCAGCGCUUCUCCCACCUCCCGCGACGCUCCACCGUGGACCUGGAGUUCACCGAGCUCUCCUACUCCAUCCGCGAGGGUCCCUGCUGGCGCCGGAGAGGGUAUAAGGCCUUGCUGAAGUGUCUGUCGGGGAAGUUCUGCAGCCGGGAGCUGAUUGGCAUCAUGGGGCCCUCUGGAGCUGGCAAAUCCACUCUGAUGAACAUCCUGGCGGGGUACAGGGAGACGGGGAUGAAGGGGCAGGUCCUGGUGAACGGGAAGCCCCGCGAACUCCGCACCUUCCGGAAGAUGUCCUGCUACAUCAUGCAGGACGACAUGCUGCUGCCUCACCUCACUACGCGCGAGGCCAUGAUGGUCUCGGCCAACCUGAAGCUAAGUGAGAACAUGGAUGUGAAGAAGGAGCUGGUGGACGAGAUUCUCACAGCGCUGGGACUUCUGGAAUGUGCUCACACUCGAACCAUCUCCCUGUCGGGGGGCCAGUGCAAGCGUCUUGCCAUCGCUCAGGAGCUGGUCAACAACCCCCCUGUCAUGUUUUUCGACGAGCCCACCAGCGGUCUGGACAGUGCCUCCUGCUUCCAGGUGGUCUCCCUCAUGAAGUCUCUGGCCCAGGGUGGGAGGACCAUCAUCUGCACCAUCCACCAGCCCAGCGCCAAACUGUUCGAGAUGUUCGACAAGCUGUACAUCCUGAGCCAGGGCCAGUGCAUCUACAAGGGGACUGUCCCGUACCUGAUCCCCUACCUGAAGAACCUGGGUCUUCACUGUCCCACGUACCACAACCCGGCUGAUUUCAUCAUUGAGGUGGCGUCUGGCGAGUAUGGAGACCUGAACCCUGUACUGUUCGAGGCCGUGCAGGGGGGCAUGUGUGUUCUGGACUCCAAGAAGAACUCCACUGACAAGAAUGACCCCGCCUCUUCCUGUCCGUCUCAGCCCCACAGUGACUAUGGGCUUAUUGAGAAACAUACCUUUGCCACCAGCACAUUCACCCAGUUCUGCAUCCUGUUUAAGAGGACCUUCAUCUCCAUAUGCAGGGACACGGUGCUGACACAUCUCCGGGUGAUGUCACACAUCUGUAUCGGGGUGCUGAUUGGCCUGCUGUACCUGAACAUUGGGAAUGACGCCAACAAAGCCUUCAACAACACUGGCUUCCUCUUCUUCUCCAUGCUCUUCCUCAUGUUUGCUGCCCUGAUGCCCACUGUCCUCACCUUCCCUCUGGAGAUGUCCGUGUUUCUGAGGGAGCACCUGAAUUACUGGUACAGCCUGAAGGCCUACUACCUGGCCAAAACCACGGCAGACAUUCCCUUCCAGGUUAUCUGCCCGAUCAUGUACUGCAGCAUCGUGUACUGGAUGACUGAGCAGCCUCCCGAGGCGGGGAGGUACCUGCUCUUCAUGGCUCUCUCCACCUCCACUGCCCUGGUGGCUCAAUCCCUGGGCCUCCUGAUCGGCGCGGCCUCCACCUCCCUCCAGGUGGCCACCUUCGUGGGGCCCGUCACUGCCAUCCCUGUGCUGCUGUUCUCCGGCUUCUUCGUCAACUUUGACACCAUUCCCAAGUACCUUCAGUGGAGCUCCUACGUGUCCUACGUCAGAUACGGGUUUGAGGGCGUCAUCCUGUCCAUAUACGGGAUGAACCGCUCGGAGCUAGACUGUCCAAUGAAGGACUGCAAGUUCCAGAAGCCCGAGGAGGUCCUGCAACUCCUGGACGUGGAGGACGCCAAGCUCUACAUGGACUUCAUCAUCCUGGGCAUCUUCUUCCUCAUUUUGAGGCUGGCUACCUACCUGGUUCUCCGCUACAAGGUCAAGUCUGUGCGAUAG